GGAAACAAAUUAAAAAUUGCCUAUGUACAAUCCAUGGAUUAACCAAUGAAAUUUAUAUUCUGUAAACAAUAAAAUACAUUUUUACUAUCUCACUUACACUUCAUUUGAUGGUUCACAAAUCAUACACCCACUCGCAGAAUUAAAUAUUUGGACAAACAUAUCCGUGUAUUUACUACUACUAAGAUACAAUUUAAAUAAAACGUAAACGUUCUCUGUUUACAAUCACAUUCUCACGAUUAACACUAUCCUGUCAACAACAGUAACAACAAAAAACCCCAACAGAAUUCAUAAUGAAAGUAUUGGGAAUUUGUAUUGUAGUUACACUAAUAUUCAGUGGAAUAAAUUGUGUAAAAAAUAAGAAAGUUAAAUGUUAUCGAUGUACCGAUUGUCCUAAUCCAUUCGAUAAAACUCAAAUAACUGAAUUAGCUAAUUGUAAUUUUUGUCGAACGGUUUACACUUAUCGUGAUGAAGAUAAUUAUAGAAUUGCAAAAGAUUGUGUAGCAAGUUGUGUUCCACAAGAUCGUCGUGGUGGUAAAGCUGGCCUAGUAACUGAAUGUUGUGAUGAAGAUUAUUGUAAUGCAUCACCUAAACAUUAUUCUAUUUCAUUUUUAUUAAUUACCAGUUUUACAAUUUUCAUUAUAUAUGCUAAUAAAUUCAUAUAUUGAACCAUUACUUCUCUCUCUAUCGCUCUUGCUCGCUCGUUCUCUCACUCAUUUCACUUAUUUUUAAUUCCCAUUUUUUUUAAAAAAAAAUGUUUUUUCUCUUGGCUUAAUAGUAUCUAACUCUCGUUUUUUAACCAAUAGGAAUCUAUAGAUGUCAUUGUUGUUUUUGUGUUCUAUUCUUCUUAAUCUAUAUUAUUUCCCUAAAUAUAAAAUGGAUCAAUAAACAAGAGAUCAUUAUAGUUGCUAUGCAUUAUAUCUAUGUCUAUAUCUAUAUCUAUCUAUCUAUAUAUAUACAUAUAUAUAUCAGUAUAAUGACAAGUAUUUUGUGUAAUAACCUUUCUGAAUACAAUUGUUGUAAUUAUCAAUUACAAAUUGUAGUUUCUUGUUAUUGAACAUUGUGAUUCUGACAAUACGAUUACUAUUAUUAUUAUUGCUAAUGAACCCUUAAGAUUAUGUUUUGUUCCUUUUCUAAUCAAUCUUAACAGUGUGUUGUGUUUCAUUUCAAAGUAAACUUUAUAACCAACUUAUUGAAUGAAUAUUGUUAUUGUUUUAAGUGAGUAGGUUGUAAUUUUGUCAUGGGUUAUUAUUAAUAAGAAGGAAUAGAUAAAGCAUAUUCUCUAUAUUAUUUUUGUCUUGUUCUCCCGUUCUCGCUUGUUAUAUCUUUGUGUGUAUGUUUGUUUGUUUGUUUGUUUUAAUUAAACCUUUAUUAGAUUGAGUUUAUAAUUAAGCUUCAAUUUUGGAUUUUGUAUGGAUUAUUGAUUUUUAUGUUGUAUACUAUUCACAGAAAUAAAAUGAAUUUCCAUGUUUUGUUUACUUAUUUAAACACAUGAACAUUGGUACAAGGAAGCACCAAACAGGUAUGCGCCACAUAAAUCACUGGGUUUGUGUGAGGGCUGAGGUACAGUUUGGGUACCAAAAUCGAAACAGGUGGUUUUUUUGGGGUGUCACACCUCGAGCCUUCGAUAUAAAGUUGUGAUCCACAAGGCAGUGGAGCAACGUCAGAAGAUACAGUCCCAUGGUAGUCGGUGACCAAUAAUUGGUUCCCUCAGGAUCGUGGAUCUCAUGUGCACCACUGGUUUAGAAUCAGGGUUUUCCAAUUCCCCUAGGUGGACUCUCUGUAUUUACUAACCCGGUUUUAGCGCCCGACAUACGCUUUUUGUCCUCUCGAU